AUGGGUGUUGUUGUGGGUGUUGAUGAACAUGUUACCUCCCAAAGAUGUCCAUUAUGUGUGAUCACCCAUGAACCACAACUUAGAAAUAUUUUCCCAAAUUUCCCCGAAUCCACAGUUAAAGAAUUUGAUCAUAACUUAAAAUUAGUAAAGUCCAAUGGAAACUACAAAAUUUUGGAAUGCAAGGCUUCAGAGUUAUAUGGCUGUGGCCAUCGUGAUAUUAUUGCCGCCAAAAAUAUUGCAAUCAUUACAAAAGCAAUGUUAUUUUGUCCAGAUUUUACAAUUAAAUCCUUUUCUAGUUAUAAUGAUCCAGAUGGAGAAAACUUUAAUAAUCUUCAAAAAAUUCAAUUAAUAAUAAUAAUAAUAAUAAUAAUAUUAGAUAAUAAUAUUUUUAUAUAA